AGUAAAGUUUCAACUUUUCCACACCUUUAUAUAUACGCAUCUUCCCAAUCCCACUAACCAAAUUCCACUCACAUUUCUACUGUUUUCUUUCUCUCUUUCAUUACUUUCUCAAUUUCUCAUUCUGUUUCGUCUUUUGCAAAAAAUGGGUAGUCUUGAAGUUGCUGAAAGAACAACAGUUGGAUUGGCUGCAAAAGAUCCUUCUGGAAUUCUCACUCCGUACAAAUACACCCUUAGAAACACAGGACCGGAUGAUGUUUACAUCAAAAUUCAUUACUGUGGUAUUUGUCAUUCUGAUCUUCAUCAAAUCAAAAAUGAUCUUGGCAUGUCCAAUUAUCCCAUGGUGCCUGGGCAUGAAGUGGUUGGUGAGGUACUAGAGGUGGGAUCAAAUGUUAGCAAGUUCAGUGUGGGAGAAAUUGUGGGAGUUGGACUUCUGGUUGGUUGCUGCAAAAGUUGUAGGGCUUGUGAUUCUGAUAUUGAGCAAUACUGUAACAAGAAGAUCUGGUCUUACAAUGAUGUUUAUGCCGAUGGAAAAGUCACUCAGGGUGGAUUUGCUGAAACUACUGUCGUUGAACAGAAGUUUGUUGUGAAAAUACCAGAGGGAUUGGAACCAGUGCAAGUUGCACCAUUGUUAUGUGCAGGUGUGACAGUAUACAGUCCACUUGCACAUUUUGGGCUGAAACAAAGUGGGCUUAGAGGUGGAAUUUUGGGCCUUGGUGGUGUAGGACACAUGGGGGUGAAAGUAGCAAAGGCAUUUGGUCACCAUGUCACUGUGAUAAGUUCUUCUGAUAAGAAGAAGAAAGAAGCACUUGAGGAUCUUGGAGCUGACAAUUAUCUUGUUAGCUCAGAUACUGUUGGGAUGCAAGAAGCUGCUGAUUCACUUGAUUAUAUCAUUGAUACUGUUCCUGUUGGUCACCCUCUUGAGCCUUAUCUUGCAUUACUCAAAACUGAUGGAAAAUUGAUCUUGAUGGGUGUUAUUAACACCCCUCUUCAAUUUGUUACCCCUAUGGUCAUGCUUGGGAGGAAAACAAUUACUGGAAGCUUUGUUGGGAGUGUGAAGGAGACGGAAGAGAUGUUGGAGUUUUGGAAAGAGAAGGGUCUAACCUCGAUGAUUGAAAUAGUGACUAUGGAUUACAUUAACAAAGCUUUUGAAAGAUUGGAGAAGAAUGAUGUGAGGUAUAGGUUCGUUGUGGAUGUCAAAGGAAGUAAAAUUGAGGAGUGAAUGAAUGAGUAUACAAAACAAAACACAUACAAUAUCAUGAAGAGUGUGGACAAGUUGAUUAUUAAACAACUAUUUUCUUUGUUGUGCUUGUAUUAAUUGAGGAUUGCUCUCUUUUUCUAUGAUAUGGUUUCACACCAUUAAUUUCAAUGAUGUCAUUCUCAUGAAAGAAAAAGAUACAAUUCUUUUCUUA